AUGACGUCGAUCCUAUACGAUGCUGUCGAUGUGGGCGAGGUGAUCCUGAGCCCUCGGCUCCUCGACUCUGACUCAGACGAUGCGACAGAGAAGACCACGGAGCAGCAGGGGGACAGGAAACCCGCCCCUCCCCCCCUCGAACGGAGGGUGUCCCUGCCCUCCUCCCCGAUCCUACGUGGCAAGCCCAUCAGCACCCCGACCCGGCCGCCCCCCGGCCUGAACCCCCAUGAGGGCGCAGAUACUCCUGCACGCUCCAGCGGCAGCACCACGCCACGCAAGAGGAAGGAUGCCGAGACCCCAGGCCGCACUGCCGCCAGCGACGGCAUACAGUCCAUCUUCGUGCCCAGCCAGGGACUCCUCGGGAGGUCCAUGUCAGGCUCCAGUCCGACCGGCGGUGACGUGCAGGGGCGGGUGGCCGCCCUCGUGAAGAAGCUCCUGGCCGAGGAAACCGUGCUCCUGCGAGACCGUGCCCACCUGCGCGCUCUGACGUCCUUGCCCGACGGGGGCGCCAAGCUGAGUGCCGCCAUCCAGGGAAGGCAGGCGGAUGCUACCGAGCUGCGUAUCGCGUUGGGCCCCUUCACGGCGACCCAGCUGCAGACCCUGCUGCGCUCGCGCCUCGUCUCGUCCGCCACCCCCGUGGAGCAUGCCAUGCUGGGCACGCUGCCCUGCGAGGCGGCUGGGCCAGCGGACGCAGAGGCCCGGCGGCGCGUGCCGGGCUGGCGUGCAGACGAGGCGCAGCAUGCGCAGCGUGGCGUCCCGCUCACCGCGCAGCACCAGCCGCGGCCAGGCCAGGCCCCCGGGCAGCGCCCGCGCCCAGGGCAGGGGCCCGCACAGGCGCUGGCCUCCUCCUACUAUCAGGCCUGGGGCCAGGAGGCGGGGCCGGGCCAGGAGGCGGGGCCGGGAUGGGCCCCCGCGCGGGAUGCGCAGGAUGCGGCGGAGGAGAGUGGGGCGUGGACUUACCCCGGGGUCGGGGGCGUCGAGGAGGGGCCCUACACCACUGGCCAGCUCCGCGCCCUGGUGCACAGGCUGGCGCUGUAUUUUCGGGCUAUACCUCGAUACUUUGGCAGAUAG